AUGGCGGCAAGCAGAGAAGAAGUUUUGAGUCUAGCAAGGACAGUGUUAGAGCAAGCAGGGAUCAGGAGGAGCAUAUCUUCCGUGAAACAGUUAAACUCUGCUUUUUUCACGAGCCUUUACAACACUAUCAUCGACGAAGAGCAUCAGAAACUGACCCCGUUGGGAGUGAACGAGAGAUCACGACUUCAAAUGAUUAUAGACUCUCUCAAGCGGCUCCUACCACCCCAAGUCUCCCUCUCCCAUAUAAACGGGCGAGAUAUUUCAAAGGGUGACCUCCUGGCCAUUAAGAAUCUUCUAGAAAUAUUUUCUAUCAUUUUUGAGCUUCCUUCGUCAUCCUCUGAAGACUCUAAUGUUCUCACAGGAGAAGGUGGUAAUUGGCGUUUGAAAGUUGUGGCUGAAGUCAUUGAAGAGGAACUGAAUUCAUCUUCAGUUUAUAUUCCAACUGCCAUUGAGUCUCUUCACUCGUCUCUUGUGACUCCGCCUACUCACCAAUCAUCAUCAUCAGACGGGUCUCAGUCAACACUAAUGACUCCGCCCACUAAUCCUUUGAUGUCGCUAGAUGUCACACCCACUGUUUCACCGACUAGCCACCAGCCAGUGUCCCUACCUCUGGACCAGAGCACUCCUCAUAAAGGCCCAAGAUCAAGGCUAGAUACUUUGGACGGGAAAAAGAGAUUAGGCACAAAGCAUGUGUCAACACAACGGAGACGGUCUCAGCAAACAUCUACUGGUAAGCUAAUGGCUACAGUACAAGAUGCUUUCCCAGAGCUUCAGCUCAGCCCGGCCAGCGAAAGAAAGGCAUGGCACCUCAGAAUGCGUCAGCUUAAUGCCCAGUCAACGACAAGAACCCUUCCUGACUCAAAUCAAAGGAAGAAUGCUGACAUUGAGAGGCGUCACAAGCUAUUAUUGGAUACACUGAAAAAGGAGUUAACUCAUAGUCAAAAAAUGCACAAUCUAUCAGUCAAAAGGCAGCAAGAGAAAGCUUUACGAUUAGCCAUACAGACCCAGCGGGCAGUGACUGCUAGAAGCAGACGGUAUUACAGUGAUUAUGAAGUAUCUAUAAAAAAGAAACUUCAAAGAGAGAGAACAAAGGAAGAACAGGUUGUUACCAGACACACACCCUGA